AUGAUAUUUGACUAUCAAAGGUAAAAUUUAAUUAUAAUUAUUAUUAUUUAUGGGUAAUAAAAACCAGAAGGAAUAGCUUUUAAAAUAUAUUGAUUAGUCUAGAAUAGAGUGAAUUCAAUAAAUCUUAGAGAUAUCACCUAAUUUAUUAAACGAGAUAUUGCAAAAGAUAUUAUAUAAACUCCUUUAGCAAGAGCAGUAUGGAGAAACGAUAUGAAAUUAAUUUAAUUGUUUUUAGAUGUGUAAAUGAUCUAUUAUAAUUGGUUAAAAGCUAAUCCAAAUAAUGGAGGUUCAUUAAGUAUUACACCACUUAUGUGGGCUUGUAAAAGAGAUAAUCAAUAAGCAGUUUCUUUAUUAAUUUAAUCAGGUGCAGAUAUUAAUAUUCGUCCUAAUUAAGGUUUCUCUGCUUUAGAUUAUGCUAUUUUACAUGGAAAUUAUCGUCCUGCUUUAUUUCUUUUUGAAUUCAUAUAAGAAAUUCUUGAUUUCACUUCUUAUUAUCAUUUUGCUAAAGAUAACGAUUAUAGAUAUGUUAAUUAUGAAAUUAUGAUAACUCAUCUUCGUUUAAAAACAAAAUAUGAACUUAUUCCAAAUAUAUUUGAAAAACCUAAAAAAUAAUAAAUGCUUGAUCCUGUUAUUGAUCCAAGAGAAAGUUGGGGGAUUUUAUAUAUAUAAAUUGAGUUUAAGAAUCCUCCAUUAAUUGAAAUUGAUGAAUUACCUUUUGAUUUAUAACCUUAAAAUAGAAUGAUUGGUAAAAUUAAAUGGUUUACCGAUUAAAAAGAAUAAAUCUUAAUAAUACUCUAAAAUUAGUCUUUAAGUAAUUAUAUUCCAUAUAUUAUAUUUAAGAAUUAAAACAAUAACUCUUAGACAAAUCAAAAUUAAAAUUAAAUUUCAUUUUCUUGA